CCUCAAGGAAGUUUGCAGAAACGUUAAAAUUUUUCUUUUGUACUCAAAAUUCUCCGUUUUUCAGUUUAGUUGUUAAUAGCACGAUGAAUACCGGGUUCAUCAUAACCGCUAUCACAGUGUCUUAUUGCGCUGUGUUAGCGCUCGGACAAGAGGAUGAUGUGGGAACCGCUUGGCUAAAAUAUCAGACUGACUUUCCCGGAAAUGGCGCUCGCCAAACUAUGGCAGAAAUUUUGAUACGCAUUGAAAAUUUUGCUAAGGUCGAUGCUAUGAUCGAGAAACACAACCAGAAUUCGCAUGCCACGUUCAAAAUGGAUCACAACAAGUUUUCUACAAUGGACGAUGAUGAGAAAAAGCUUUACACUGGUCUACGCCUUCCCAUGGACGUGAACAACUCAGGAGGUCUGGCCCUCAUUGGCCGAUCCUCAGGACAACUGCCUGACUCGCUAGAUUACCGCAACCACAAUUGCAUGCCGGCAGUUAAAGAUCAAGGACAGUGUGGAAGUUGCUGGGCUUUUGCCGCUAUUACGCCGCUAGAAUUCGCACGAUGUAAAAAGACCAACGAGUCAGUUCUUUUGAGCGAGCAACAAUUGGUUGAUUGCGACCCAAGCAAUCUUGGCUGCUCCGGUGGAUGGUAUUCAUCCGCCUGGAACUAUUUACAGAAUGGAUCUGCAAAAGAGUCGUUCUAUCCUUACACCGGUCAAGAUAUGACAUGCAAAUUCAAGACGUGCAUGAACAGAGUAAAAGUCGCAUCCUCUGGUUUCCUCGAACGUAACAAUCCUGUAUCUAUGCAAAUGGCCUUGCAGCUCUAUGGCCCUAUUUCUGUCGCCUUUACAGUCACCGAUUCCUUCUACGCUUAUAGAAGCGGCAUUUACAACGAUCCGGCGUGUGACAACAAAGGAGUGAAUCACGCUGUAGUCGUGGUCGGCUGGGGAACGCAAAACGAGAUGGACUACUGGAUCGUUCGUAACUCAUGGGGAAAUGCUUGGGGAGACUCAGGCUACUUUCUUAUGCAACGCGGUGUCAACAAGUGUAACAUCGAAAAUUUCGCCGCCGCCAUCACAUCCAUCAUUUAGAUCCCAUUUUGGCUUAUGUACGGGAUUACCUGCAUUAUAUGGAGUAGCUACCCACUGUUAGUUUGUACAA